AAGUCACCUACUCUCCUCUCUACUCAAGAACAACCUCAACAANCAGCACCAUGUGUGGCUACUACGGAAACUACUAUGGCGGCAGAGGCUAUGGCUGNUGUGGCUAUGGAGGCCUGGGCUAUGGCUAUGGAGGCCUGGGCUGUGGCUAUGGCUCCUACUAUGGCUGUGGCUACCGUGGANUGGGCUGUGGCUAUGGCUAUGGCUGUGGCUAUGGCUCAGGCUCUCUCUAUGGCUGUGGCUAUGGAUGUGGCUCUGGCUAUGGCUCUGGAUUUGGCUACUACUACUGAGGACACCAUGGAAGACUCUCACCUCCUUGAACGUGAGCUCAGAAAUCUCCAAUUCUGAACUCCAUGUUUUCUGAACUUCCUUCUUAUAGGCUCUUACAUCGCGAGUUUAUGAUGUGACCUUGUUGAAGAUAUGCCCUUUAAUGACCUGCAAAUAUAAGACCUGUGGGUUUUGGUUCUCUGAAUUUUACUCCUGAGAAUAAAUAUUGUUUAGAUAUCAUCCUGUGUACCUCUCUAGGUCUCUCAAUAAGAUAACAAGCAUCUCAUAUUUUGAUUUUUCUGCAUUUUCCUAAUAAAUUUAUUUAACCUCAUAAACGACAA